UGUGCAUUACCUCUUGUAAUUUCAUUUACAUACAUGCUAGGGACACAAUGUUGAUAUUCAAGCAUCCCGAGACGUGACUGAUCGGUGCGGGGUUAGCGUCUAUUGACGCAAUGGAAAUACCAAGUGGAUAUCGAGCCCUCACAAAGUGUUGAAAUUCCACAAAUUUGCAUCACUGUGUCAAUGUCCCGAAGACACCUAGGUGCACUCACCAUGUCCACCGAUCCAGUUCUUUCUGAAGCUGAUGCCGCUCGCCUGGCCUCUCGGCGCCAGCUUCCACCUCCUGUGCCAGCCUAUCUCCCGACCGGCCCCAACUCGCCUCUGGCUGUCGGCAAAGAGCUGUACUCCAAGAUCCAAUCUGCUCCUCGGGUCCUGGAACAGAGUUUUACCAUCCCCAUCCGCUCAGGCAAAGCUUGGACUGCCUCUGCCGGCUCCAUCAUCCGCAUCAGCACUCCCGAAGGACCUCAAGUAGGUGAUCUGAACAUCUGGAAUCAACACAACCCCUCCGAACGCUUCUGGGCCUCUCGCACCCGCCAGCUUCACUCCACCCACCUCACCACGCACGACCGUCUCUGGUCCUGCCUCCCAUACAUGCGCCCCCUCCUCACCAUCCUCUCCGACUCUCUAUCCUGGUACGGCACCGACUCCAACGGCGGACGCGUCCACGAUCUCCUCGGUACAAGGUGCGACCCCUACAUCAACCACCUCUUGUCUGGGGGCCAAAGCUAUGAUCAUCACUGCCAUAGCAACCUUGUCCGAGCCGUCAGUGAGUUUGGCUUAGAAGAGAGGGACGUGCAUGAUGUGAUCAAUUUGUUUCAGGUUACGGGGCUGGAUGAGAAGGGAAGGUAUUGUAUGAGUGCUUGCCCGGCGGAAAAGGGGGACUUCAUUGAGUUUCUGGCCGAGGUGGAUGUGCUGAUGGGGUUGAGUACUUGCCCCGGGGGGGAUUUGAGCCUCUGGGGCUUUGGGGCGGAUAGCGAGAAGGAGAUGGAGAAGUGUUGCCGGCCGUUGAAGGUGGAGGUUUUCCGGUUGGAGGAUGGGGGUUUGUUGGAGCGGGAAGGGUGGAGGAAAGCGGAGGAGAGUGGGUACAAGGGGGGUCACGGACUUGGUGCUUGAUGUUUACACUUCUAAUCCUCCACCAGCAGUGGGGUCUACCUCAACUUUGGACACGACGUCGAUGGGUUCACGCUUGGGGCACAUGUAAAUGGUAACAACUAACUCCUCGAUGCUUCCCAGUAUCAAAAUACA